AUGUUACCAAAACCAGGAAAGAGGGACUAUACCCAACUCAACACUUGGCGGCCAAUUAGCCUCCUCUCUACCCUAGGAAAAGGCCUCGAGCGCCUUCUAGCACAGCAGAUGGCUGUAAGAGCAAUUCAGGCAGACCUGCUAGCCCCCUGCCACUUUGGGGCCUUGCCAGGAUGGUCUGCCAUUGACCUGGUCCAGGUCCUUGUACACAGGGUAGAGGAGGCCUUUCAACAGGGAAAGGAUGCUUCAUUACUCCUACUAGAUAUGAAAGGGGCAUUUGAUGCUGUCAUACACCAACGGCUCCUUUCUCACCUACGCCUGCAAGGAUGGCAUAAAGGCUUACUCCAGCUACUUGAGGACUGGCUUACUGGCCGUUCUGUAUCUGUUCAUAUCAAAGAAAGCACCGCUACAGCACCAAUCAAAGGUGGACUCCCCCAGGGAUCCCCCCUAUCCCCAAUACUCUUCCUACUAUAUGCAGCAAGAAUAGUCUCUACCCUAGAGAGCUCCUUCUGCUAUGCAGAUGACAUAGGAGUUCUUCUGGAUACAAAGCUUACUUUUAAAGCCCACAUUAACUGGGUCUUUAGCCGCGGGAAACAACUCGCCCAGCACCUAAAGAGACUUAGCAAUACCCAGCGUGGCUGUCCAGUGGCCUCCAUGCGCGCAGCAGUUAUACAGUAUGUUCUCCCAACAGCUCUGUACGGGGCAGAAGUCUUCUAUACAGGAAAAAGACAACAAUGGGUUGUUAACUCCCUGCUCUCUCUCUUCCGUACAGCAGCCCUGGCUAUUAUCCCAGCCUACAAGACCACCCCUACUGCAGCUCUGCUCCGCGAAGCAGACCUACCAGACCCAGAGGCUCUAUUCAACAGCAUCCUCCAAAGGGCAGUAGUGAGAUACAUGAGCCUUGAUAUUAAACACCCAAUUGCCCAAAUAGCUGCAGAGGCCACCACAAGCAGGCCCAAGACCAGGCUUAAAAGGAUCCUCCAGCUCCUCCUUAGCCCCCUGCCAGAGCGCACCAUAAUAGGGCUGCCUCUCCCUCCCCUACGCAUGCUUCCAACAGACAACAAAGACUAUAGCCCCGCCCCAUUACAGAUAUCAGUAUACUCAGACGGCUCGCGAACUGGCCAAGGGGCAGGAUAUGGCUAUGCAAUCUACUUUGGCCCUAUCCUGGUGACCAAGGGACAUGGCCCCGCGGGCCCCAGGACAGAGGUCUAUGAUGCAGAAAUCAUGGGCGCUGUAGAAGGCCUACGCGCAGCCCUGGGACAACCAUGUGUAGGUUACUCUACCCAGCUAGUUAUCCUCCUAGACAACCUAGCAGCAGCCUCCCUGCUAGCAAGCUAUAGGCCAACUCCGCAUAGGCAUGGACUGUCAGAGUCCUUCGGCCAGCUUGCUACCCAGUGGUUGGAAGCUCCCUCAAUCCUAACCAGGCCACGGAAGCCCCUUCAAGUCCGCUGGAUCCCAGGCCAUUCUGGGAUUGCUGGGAACGAGCUGGCAGACAAGCUUGCAAAGCUUGGGUCCUCUAUAUACAGCCCUAACAUCCCCCCAUCCCCUGCAUACCUACGACGGGAGGCAAAACAGUGGCUUCGUACAGAGGCAUAUACAGCAUAUGCUAGUAAGGCACCCCAAGCCUACAAGACCCUGGAUAUCAGACCCCAUACAAAGGAAAGCCGCACCCGCGAGCACAAGCUUCCCCGUUGGGUACUUGGCCGACUCGUCGCCGCCCGUACAGGCCACGGAGACUUUACGGCAUACCACCAGCGCUUCAACCACUCAGACUACCUGGAGAGCUGCUCUUGUGGCAAGACCAAGACCCCAGUACACUUCUUCUUCUGCCCAUACACCAGAAAGCGCUGGAAAGAUAGAUGGAGAUGCAUAAGGGACGGCCCGUCAAAAACAAUAGACUGGCUCUUAAGUACAGCUGCCGGGGCUGAAGAAUUCAGCCGCAUCGUGCAAGAAUCAUCCUUCUUCAAGGAUAUAUGCCCGAACUGGGCCCGCCGGAGCGCUUGA